GCUAUUAAAACAUAUCCAACAGGACAUGAAAACAAUGAAAUUGAAAUGACUUUGUUUUUACCUAUCAAUCCUAACGAUCGAGACUCUGAAUCACAAUCAAUUUUCAAAAAAGACGAAUAUUAUUCUGUCAGAGAAAAAAUUAUACCUGGAUCCUAUGUCAGACAAAUUAGACCAAAA